CUCGAGUACUGCGUUAGGCGUGCAAUUCUUUAUCCUUGUUUCUCUUUCCGUCUUUUUCACUCUUCACUUUAAAUAACCAUGUCCAAGUCUUUGCGUAUUUUUGUCCCUGUCAAGCGUGUCAUUGACUUUGCCGUCAAGGUUCGCGUCAAUGCAGCCAAGACCGAUGUCGACCGUAAUGUGAAGCACAGCAUGAACCCUUUUGAUGAGAUUGCUGUGGAGGAGGCUAUUCGUAUCAAGGAAAAGCAGAAAACAACGGAAGUGGUGGCUAUUUCUUGUGGUUCGGCCAAGGCGCAGGAAACUUUGCGUACGGCAUUGGCUAUGGGCGCUGACAGUGCAGUGCACGUCGAAGUCAAGGAUGACAGCACUUUACAACCUUUGGCCGUGGCCAAACUUUUGAAGGCCUAUGCAGAGAAGCAGGAAAAGAAACCCGAUUUGUUCAUCCUCGGUAAACAAGCCAUUGACGAUGAUAGUAAUCAAACAGGACAAAUGUUGGCAGGCUUACUCAAAUGGCCUCAGACAACGUUUGCUUCCAAGGUCGAAAUUGAGAACGAGUCACUCAAGGUGACGCGUGAAGUGGACGGUGGUCUGGAAACCAUCGCCACCAAGUUACCUGCUGUAAUCACCACUGAUCUUCGUUUGAAUGAACCCCGUUAUGCAUCGUUGCCCAACAUUAUGAAGGCCAAGAAGAAGCCUAUUGUGAAGAUCACUCCCGAAGAAUUGGGCGUCGAUAUUUCGCCCCGCAUCGAGACAUUAAAGGUAGAAGAACCCGCCAAGCGUUCCGGUGGCAGCAAGGUUGAAAGUGUAGAUGAUUUGGUGAACAAACUGAAAUCUGAGGCCAAGGUCUUGUAAUAUCCCUCCCCUCUUUUCCCUCCAAAUUUUUCUCUUUCACAAAAAAUGCAAUAAAACAACACAAUAGAAAGUGAUACGUGUCGUGAUAUGAAAAAGAAAGACCGUUUC